AGCCAUAAAAUCUGAUCAAAUUCUUUUUCAGAGAAAGAAAAGAUCCGAAACCAUGAACGUGGAAGAAGAGGUUGAGCGACUGAAAGAAGAGAUCAAGAGGCUCGGGAAGAUCCAAGACGAUGGUUCUUACAAGGUUACAUUUGGUGUGCUGUUUAAUGAUGAUAAGUGUGCAAACAUAUUCGAAGCACUGGUUGGGACUCUAAGGGCAGCAAAGAAGAGGAAGGUUUUGACGUAUGAUGGUGAGCUACUGCUGCAAGGAGUCCAUGACAAUGUAGAAAUCAUUCUCAAACCUCCUCCAACAACAUCAACAGCAACAGUUGCAGCUGAUGCAGUUGUAAAGAGUUGAACGAAACGUGCUCCAAAAUACUAUAUUUAUAUAUACAGUCUUGUUUUUGUGAUAGAACUAUAUGUCUGUGACCCAUGUUUACAUGAUGUUAACCUUAAAGUCUUCAUCAUGAUGACGCGAAUGAAACAUGGGCAGAUCUGAUUUCUGUGAUGCUUUUCAAAGGGUGUUUCUGUUUUUACAUUUUAGUUUCACUUGUGUAGUGGUCAAUUACAAUUAUCUGUGUCCGCAUUUUGUUGUUGCCUUUUUAUUUUAUUUUUAUUUAUUUAUAUGAAAUUGUUGCUUUCCUUUAUUGUUACCAAAA